AUGGAAGACCGAUCGAACCGAGAGCGAGGCCUCAAGGCCGCCAUCCACAACCCCCACAUCUCCAAAGAAGCCAAGCAACACGCUCGUGACGCCCUGAAGAACGAGUUUGGCGAAGAGAUCAACACCCCCUUCGGGCAGGCCCAACGAGAAGAAGGACCCAGAACAUGUGUAAAGCGCCCAAGGCUUAAAGGCUGCAACCCACAACCCACGGGUUUCAGAGGAGGCUGA